ACUAGCCGUGUAGUUGGUUUCGGAGUGUAGUGGCCGUGUGCACCUUUAACGUUCCUCGUCCUCCCGGAUCCUAGUCAGUCUAAAGCCGGCGAGAAGACAGUGAACAUCGGUCGUAUCCGCACUAGCACCAACGUUCUCUCUCUUCAACUGAUCAUCGGCGAUCGUCCUUUGGGCCUACAUUCCUCAGUCACGUGCCGCUCCGUUCCGGACAGUUCCGAUCGAUCGACAUGACCGCCGAACAAUUCCUCGGGAAGAGAUACAAGCUGUUCAACAGCGAGAAUUUCGACGAGUUCAUGAAGGCGCUGGGCGUGGGCCUGAUGACCCGUAAAGUGGGUAGCAGCGUGAGUCCUGUCGUUGAAUUAACGGAGGACAGUGGCCUGUACACGCUGAAGACGACCAGCCCGUUCAAGAAUUCCGAAAUAAAAUUCAAGCUCGGCGAGGAAUUCGAGGAGGAGACCCCGGACGGCAGGAAGGUGAAGAGCGUCUGCACCAUGGAGGGAAAUAAGCUUGUUCAGAUCCAGAAGGGCGAGAAGCAGACCACCAUCGAAAGAGAGUUCACGCCGACGGAAAUGAAGGCGAUAAUGAAAGUCGACGAUAUUGUAUGCACGAGAGUAUACAAGGUCCAAGAGUAAAAGCAUUUCUAACUGGGAAAUGAUAUUUUUCUGACCAGCGAUGGAUCAACAACGUCAAAAGUUAUUGUUACAAAGAAUGAUACAUUGUUUUUUUUUAUAAAUGUAAAGAGAGGCA